GGCAGGGGAGGUAAGGGGGGGGGGGUUCUGCCAUAAACACAGGGCGACUGCGCCUUUAAGGGCUGGGAAGCGAGACAAUAAACCGCUCGCGCGCGGCGUCAAUGCACUAACGAUGAAUUUAAUCGGUAUGCUCCUGGUGAAGCUCGUGUUUUGGCUGUGCUGCGCGGGAUUCGGCAGAGGCGACUAUGGGAACCCCCUGAACAAGUACAUCCGUCACUAUGAAGGCCUGUCCUACGACACGGACCUGCUGCACAGCAAGCACCAACGGGCGAAGAGGGCUGUGUCCACCGAGGACAGCUUCGUCCACCUUGAGUUCCACGCACAUGGAAGACAUUUCAACCUCAGAAUGAGGAGGGACACCAACCUCUUUGCCAAGGACUUCCAGCUAGACAUGACAGGAGAGGACCCACACUAUGACACAUCCCACAUCUACACCGGGCAGCUCUACGGUGAACAGGGCACCUUAAGCCAUGGGUCCAUUGUGGAUGGAAAGUUUGAGGGCUUCAUCCAGACCCACCAUGGCACCUACUAUGUGGAGCCUUCUGAGAGGUACCUGAAGGGCCGUGACGUUCCCUUCCAUUCCGUCAUAUACCACGAGAAAGACAUUGAUUACCCGCACAAAUAUGGGCCGCAGGGCGGCUGUGCCAACCCCGCUGUGUUCGAGAGGAUGAAGAAGUACCAAGCCUCUGCAGUGGAGGAGCCUGCAAAGGAGACGGGCCAGGAGCUGGAACAGGACACGUCUGAGGAGCUCCAGCUCUUGAGGAAGCGGCGAGCAGCUCAGGUGGAGAAGAAUACCUGCCAGCUCUUCAUCCAGACUGACCACCUCUUCUACAAAUACUACGGUUCCAGAGAAGCGGUGAUUGCUCAGAUAUCUAGCCAUGUGAAGGCCAUUGAUUCCAUUUACCAAAGCACUGACUUUCAAGGUAUUCGCAACAUCAGCUUCAUGGUGAAGAGGAUUCGGAUCAACACCACAAGUGACGAGCGAGACCGGACCAAUCCCUUCCGCUUUGCCAACAUUGGGGUGGAGAAGUUCCUGGAACUGAACUCUGAGCAAAAUCAUGAUGACUACUGCCUGGCCUAUGUCUUCACGGAUCGGGACUUCGACGAUGGGGUGUUAGGCCUUGCUUGGGUGGGAGCCCCUGCAGGUAGUUCAGGAGGUAUCUGUGAGAAGAGCAAGCUUUAUUCAGAUGGAAAGAAGAAGUCCCUGAACACUGGCAUCAUCACAGUGCAGAACUAUGCCUCCCAUGUCCCACCAAAGGUCUCCCACAUCACAUUUGCUCAUGAGGUUGGACAUAACUUCGGUUCCCCGCAUGAUUCUGGAACAGAGUGUACCCCAGGAGAGUCAAAGGUCCAGGACCUGAAGGAGAAGGGGAACUACAUCAUGUACGCUAGGGCCACAUCUGGGGACAAGCUCAAUAACAACAAGUUCUCCAUCUGCAGUGUCCGCAACAUCAGCCAGGUGCUGGAGAAGAAGAGGGGCAGCUGCUUCGUGGAGUCUGGCCAGCCCAUAUGUGGCAACGGGCUAGUGGAGGCAGGUGAGCAGUGUGACUGUGGCUACAGUGACCAGUGCAAGGACCAGUGCUGCUAUGAUGCCAACCAACCAGAUGGACUGAAGUGCAAGUUGAGGCCCAACAAAGUAUGCAGCCCCAGCCAGGGCCCCUGCUGCACGGCUGAGUGCACAUACAGGAGCCGCAGCGAGAAGUGUCGGGAUGAGUCUGACUGUGCUCACCAGGGCAUGUGCAGCGGGUCCUCAGCACAUUGCCCUGCCUCUGAGCCCAAGGCCAACUUCACCGAAUGCCAUGGAUACACACAAGUCUGCCUCAAUGGGGGAUGCUCUGGUUCCAUCUGUGAGAAGUACGGCUUGGAGGUGUGCACCUGUGCCAGUGUGGACGGCAAAGAUGAGACCGAGCUGUGCCACGUCUGCUGCAUGGAGAGGAUGAAACCCAACACAUGUAGCAGCACUGGCUCUGAGCGCUGGGCGCGCUUUUUCAGCAAGAAGAUCAUCACUCUCCAGCCAGGCUCACCCUGCAAUGACUUCCGUGGUUACUGUGAUGUUUUCAUGAAGUGCCGCUUGGUGGAUGCCGAUGGUCCUCUGGCCAGGCUGAAGAAAGCCAUCUUCAAUCCAGAGCUCUAUGAGAACAUUGCUGAGUGGAUUGUUGCACACUGGUGGGCAGUGCUGUUAAUGGGCAUUGCUCUUAUCAUGCUGAUGGCUGGCUUCAUUAAGAUAUGCAGCGUCCACACCCCCAGCAGCAAUCCCAAGCUGCCCCCACCCAAACCCCUCCCAGGCACGCUGAAGAGGAGAAGGCCCCAGCACACGCAGCCACAGCCGCAGCCACAGCGCCACCACCGCCAGCCCAGAGAGAACUACCAGAUGGGCCAGAUGAGGCGCUGAGGCGGGUUGCCCUUUGCCUUGGUUCUUCCUAGUGCCUACAGCGGGAAAACUUCACUCCAAAGAGUUACUUGUUCCAGUUAGUCAUCACCACCAACCUAAAUCCCCCAACUCCACUUUCCAUCCACAAGCUAAAAACAGGCAAAGCGAAACCAAUUCCUUGUGAACACAAUGAUGGUGAAAAGGACACACACUCAGACUCCACACACAUGCUCUUGGAGACCAGCGAGGCUGACAUCACACAGCUUUUUUCCUUUAGAAACUUCUCUUUUCCAAAAUUAACUCUUGUCUCCUCACUUUUUUAUUUUUUAAAUGGAGUGCACCUGGAGUCUGGAGUGACGUAGUCUUUGUAGGUUCCCGUCUUUUGUGUUUUGGAGUUUAAUUUCAAUUUUUUUUGAAGUAAUGCCCUCCUGUGCUGAUGACAAUAUUUCCAGGUGACAGAAUUUUUUUUUUUAUUAUUAUUACUGCUGACGAUCGAGGCUUGGAAGCGGAGACAACCGCAAACCAGAGGGGACUCGACAGUCAGUGUAAUUAAGUUUAAAACCAACAAACACAAAACCCAGGCUUUUUAUUCCUUCUUCAGACGCCCACUGAUCCUCUGAGUGCAAUUGUACAGAUUCGCAAUAUGAACGUUUUUUUCCUCAUUGUAUCAUAAGACUAAACUAUUUUUCUCUGCUGUUUGAUGAAGAUGAUUAAUUGUUUAAACUGACACUCUCAGGAUUAGAAAACAAGUGAAGAAAAGAUAAGGUCAGCAUGGAGGAAGAGGGGUGAGCAGAGAUCUAAGUCCAUAUAGUGAGUGCAAAAUAAUGGGGAGAAUCUGACAUUGUAUGUCACAUACUGCAAAUACCAGGAUGUGAAUUGCUCAGCGUCUGGAAUAAACGUAGUAAAAAUAGAUUGAGCCUUUCUACGAUAGGGGACAGCUGUGAUUGAAAGGUUCAGCUGAACCUUUGUUUCCAAGGGCUUGGCGACUUCUAUCUUUUAAAGCUGUUAAGGUACUUGGUGUGGUGGUUUGAAAUGGUUUUUGAAGAAGCAGAUUGUAAGGCCUAGUAUUCCCCAGGCAAAGACAAUGAUUUUACUUUAUUGGAUGUGUUCAUUUCUUUUCGCAUCUUUUUUGACAACAAGAGUAUCAACAAAUGAACAACUGCUGCAUAAAUCACAAUUGUGUCUGUUUAUGUCAUUGUUACAGUUGAAUGGACAAUGAGUAUGCGAGAGGUACAAAUCAUGGCAGCGAAAAAGUAUAGCUAAACGGGGAGGGAGGAUAUGGUGGGUGUCAUAUCAGCGACUGAACCAGAAAGUGUCAUGUGGUGCCCACGAUUAUCCAGAUGGAAGGCGUUUCUCUGAAGGGACAUGGGGAAUCAGUUGAGCUCAUUGUGAAACUAGAGCAGCUGAAUAGAUUUUUUUUAAGCAGCAGCAGUGGUUUAAAGCCUGUCAAAGCCUCCUUUCACGGUAGCCUACCAUAUCUACUCUUACGUAUGUCCUGACGUGAUCUUUGGAGCUGCCACUUUUUUUUUUUUGCGUGUGUAUGCAUAGGCAGUGUAAGGACUGAACCCAGCAUUGUUGCUCUCUUUGCCUUUGUCCGAAGGCAGAGCUCAGAAUGUGUUCAGGCAAUAUUUGUACAGAGUGGAAAUUGUGACAAAGUAGCUAAACAGAUUUGGUAUUCCCGUUCACAUUCAUAGUCUUGCACUAACUCUUCCAUCUGAGGGACUGUUUCAACACUUUAUUCACUGAUGUACACCAUUUCAGUUAAUUACCGCAUUACAAAACAUGCAUUGCAUUAGAAAAAAUAACAAAGGGAGAGCUGGGAUUUUCAAAAAAAACUGAUGGUGUGCCUAAGCAGAAUGACAAAAGAUCUUUGCCCUGCCACAAUUUUGGUUUUCCAUGGCGAUGUUAUUUUCUAGCUGAACGGAACCUGCAAGUCACCAAAUGCAGGUUAACACAAUGACUUAGUGUUGUUUUAUUACUUACAAUGGACACAGUCUUAGAUUUGAGAAAAUGUAUUCCUCAAAGGGUAUCGUUGUUGGUUUUUUGUCUUCCCUCAUUGUAUACAUAAAAGGUCAAUUUGAAUGUACCAUCAAAAGGACAAGUGUACCAUCAUCAAAUGUCAUAUUUUUUCUUUACCCCCACUGAGUGUGUAUCACACAGCAUGUUAGUCUGGGGGAAAUCCUCCUGAGUUACUGAGAAUAAACAUAGACUACUUAGAUUUUUUUUUUUAACAACUAAAUGAGAGAUGAAAACAAUUAUUUCUAACAUGUCUUUCUUUGGGGAAAAUGUAUUUAAUUUUUUUAGAUGUGGUGAUGUACUGCAAGAAUUCAAUACUGGACUUGUGGCUGUGACUUGAGGAGUUUGUAAGGAAGACAAGUGUUGGGGAGCGAUGUCAAGGUCAAGCAGGCCAAUCCUUCUGGCUCAAUCACCUGAUCAGUUUUACUUUUGAAUUUGUACAAUACAUGGAGAAUUUAUCUUUCUCCUGGAGACAGAAGAGAUGUUUUAUAUAAGUUUGUUUGGUUGGAUUCCUGAGAGAACUGGCCAAAUUCUUUUAGGGUAACAACAAAAUGUAACACAUCCUCAAUUGGUUCAAAUUUGAUUAUUUUAUUGUGCAAUUUUGGCAUGGUGGUUGUUCCUGGAGAAUAAAAGUAUUUUCUUCACCUUUGUCAAGACGUGGUAGGCUUAAAAUAUUUUCUCAAUGUGUUUGUUAUUCUGUGGUAUGAUCUGGGACAGUGAGGUGGUGAGAAAGCCCAGAUUUUUUCCUCAAGUAAGUCAGUAAGUGAGAAAAAAGUGCACUGAAAUGUCCAAUAUGAGUUGAAAUGUGGUAUCUGAUGUAAGCUGAAAAAUGACAUGAAAAGGUCCAGUACUACUGUCUGAUUUUAAUGUCCGCUGUGUUUUAUACAGUAUCUAUAAUUUCUUUUUGUUCACUUUGAAAGUUUUUACUAAAAAAAAAAUUGCAGAGUAUUGU